AUGGUUCACGACCGGCUCCAGCAGUUGACCUACCAGGUCCGCGCGACGACGCCGCCCGCACACCCCUUCGACCCUCUGUCAACAGCUGAGAUCGAUGCAGCGGUCGCUCUCGUUCGCAAGGAGCAUGGGCAGCUCAACUUCAAUGCCGUCACAUUAUACGAACCUCGCAAGGCCGAGAUGAUGGCCUGGCUAGCAGACCCGGAGAAUACUCCCCGGCCAGCUAGAGCAGCAGAUGUUGUUGCCAUCGCUCCAGGCGGCAAGGUGUACGACGGCAUGGUGGACCUCGACCAGAAGAAGAUUGUUCAGUGGCUACACACGCCGGACGUGCAGCCACUUAUCACGAUGGAGGAUCUGCAAGAGGUCGAGCAUGUUGUGCGCAAGGACCCGAAGGUUAUUGAGCAGUGCGGUAUUAUUGGUAUUCCCAAGGAGGAUAUGCACAAAGUAUACUGUGACCCAUGGACCAUUGGAUAUGACGAGCGGUUUGGAGCCGGUGUCCGCUUGCAGCAAGCCCUAAUGUACUACCGGCCCCAUAUCGAUGACUCGCAGUACACCUACCCGCUGGACUUCUGUCCCAUCUACAACGCAGAGACAAAGCAGAUCAUCCACAUCGAUGUGCCUCCGGUGCGCAGGCCCAUCAACAAGGCCCCGCCUAACAAUUAUUAUCCGGCUGCAAUUGAGAAAGAAGGCGGCUUCCGCACUGACAACAAGCCCAUACACAUCACUCAGCCCGAGGGUGUCUCGUUCCAGGUCAAGGGCCGCACCAUCGAGUGGCAGAAUUGGAGCAUCCACGUAGGGUUCAACUACCGAGAGGGGAUUGUUCUGAACAACAUCACAUUUAACGAUAAGGGCAAUGUCCGGCCCGUCUUCUAUCGGCUUUCGCUGGCGGAGAUGGUCGUUCCUUACGGCAACCCAGAGCAUCCGCAUCAGCGCAAGCAUGCCUUUGACCUGGGCGAGUAUGGCGGCGGAUACAUGACGAACAGCCUGUCCCUGGGCUGUGACUGCAAGGGAGCUAUCCACUACAUGGACGCGGCGUUUGUCAACCGCGCCGGUGCGAGCACGACCAUCAAGAACGCUAUCUGUAUCCAUGAGGAAGAUGCGGGAAUUUUGUUCAAACAUACAGACUUCCGCGACGACUCGGUGGUAGUAACUCGUGGCCGCAAGCUAAUCAUCUCCCACAUCUUCACAGCGGCCAACUACGAGUACUGCGUCUACUGGAUUUUCCACCAGGAUGGAACGGUCCAGCUCGAGAUCAAGCUGACUGGUAUCCUGAACACAUACGCCAUGAAUCCGGGCGAGGAUACAAAGGGCUGGGGCACGGAAGUGUACCCAGGUGUCAACGCGCAUAACCACCAGCAUCUGUUUUGUCUGCGGGUUGAUCCCAACAUCGACGGACCGAAUAACACCGUCUUCCAAGUAGACGCCGUCCAAGGGCCUGGAGAGGUUGGAAGUGCAGAGAAUAAGUACGGAAAUGCCUUCUACGCCAAAAAGACAAAGUACUCCACUCCUCUGGAGGCCAUGUCGGACUACGAUGGCUCGACGGGUCGUACUUGGGAGAUCGCCAAUACGUCCAAGUUAAACCCGCACAGCAAGAAGCCCGUCACCUAUAAGUUGGUCAGCCGCGAUGUACCUCCAUUGCUCCCGAAGGCGGGAGGACUGGUCUGGAAGCGUGCAGGCUUCGCACGACACGCCGUCCAUGUCACAAAGUACUCGGACGACCAGAUCCACCCGGCCGGCCGACACGUUCCCCAAACCUCAGGCGAGCCCUCGCAAGGCCUACCCGCCUGGAUCGAAGCCGCCGGCAAAGACUGCUCGAUUGACAACACCGACAUCGUUUUGUGGCAUACUUUCGGUUUAACCCAUUUCCCCUCGCCGGAGGAUUACCCCAUUAUGCCCGCUGAGCCCAUGACACUCCUUUUGCGGCCGCGGAAUUUCUUCGACCGCAAUCCCGUCCUUGAUGUUCCGCCUAGUUAUGCGCGUUCUCCAUCUCAGGUGGCUGCUGGGGCGAAUGCGUGUGCUUGUAAGAAGAAUGAUGGGUCGAGUGUUCAAGUUUAG